CUGCCUGAAUUCCCACUCUGCCAAAUACAAUAAAAAUACGGAUAAUUCAAAGAAGAAAAAAAAAAAAUUCUCACCUCUCCACGUCCAAGCUCCACCACUCCUUCAACUCUCAUGAGAACCUGACCCCCACCCCCUACAACGACGCUUCUCUCCCCUUCCAUGGCGAGAACUCUCCUUUCAUCCCCACCGUUCAUCGGCACACCUCUCCCCUCUCUUUCUCGCCACGCUCUCACUACCAACCGUCGAUUCAUAUCCACCAGAAUCAAGUUAAGCUUACACGAUAACAUUCCCCCAAUUCAUCAUCACUUGCACUCUUCAGUUGAUUUUAAUACAAUUAUUAGCAGAGCAGAAGGAUUUCUCUACACGCUCGCCGAUGCCGCCGUUGCUGUCGAUUCCGCUGCUUCCACUACUUCAUCUGAUACCGCUGAUGCUGCUCAAAAGAAUGGCGGUUGGUUCGGUUUUAUCUCUGAUGGUAUGGAAUUCGUUCUUAAGGUGUUGAAAGGUGGGCUUUCAGCUGUACACGUGCCGUAUGCUUAUGGUUUUGCCAUUAUUUUGCUUACUAUAGCUGUUAAAGUUGCUACUUUGCCUUUGACCAAGAAACAGGUUGAAUCUACACUGGCUAUGCAAAACCUGCAACCUAAGAUAAAAGCUAUUCAACAAAGAUAUGCAGGAAAUCAGGAAAGAAUACAGCUUGAGACGUCGCGUCUAUAUAGGCAGGCUGGAGUUAAUCCGUUAGCAGGUUGUUUUCCUACUUUGGCUACAAUACCAGUAUGGAUAGGCCUGUAUCAAGCGCUUUCAAACGUUGCAAAUGAGGGAGUGUUGACGGAAGGUUUCUUUUGGAUACCCUCUUUGGGUGGGCCAACUACAAUUGCAGCUCGACAAAGUGGAUCCGGCAUUUCCUGGCUUUUUCCUUUUGUGGAUGGUCAUCCACCAUUAGGCUGGCAUGACACUGCAGCAUACCUGGUUUUGCCUGUCCUCCUCAUUGCUUCUCAGUAUGUAUCAAUGGAGAUCAUGAAACCUCCCCAGACAGAUGAUCCGACUCAAAAGAAUACACUUCUUGUUUUCAAGUUUCUACCCAUCAUGAUUGGUUACUUCUCUUUGUCUGUUCCAUCAGGAUUAUCUAUAUACUGGUUCACAAACAACGUCCUCAGCACAGCCCAACAGGUAUGGUUACGCAAAUUAGGUGGUGCAAAGCCUGUGGUUAAUGAGAAUGCAAGUGGAAUCAUCACUGCAGGACGUGCAAAAAGAUCAGCUUCACAACCAGGGCAGCCUGGUGAUAGGUUCAAGCAGUUAAAGGAACAAGACAAGAGCAAAACAUUGCGCAAGGCAUUGCCAACAGAAGGUGUUCAAGCUCUGGAUUCUGCAUCUGGUUCUGAUGAGGAUUCAGAUGAAGAGACCAAUGACAAGGGGGAGGAGGUUCUGGAAGAAACAUAUGCUUCUAGUGCAAGCAAAAGGGUCCCUGAUAUUUCACGGCCAAAGAGAAGCAAGCGGUCAAAGAGAAAGCGAACUGUAUAAAGAACUUUACACCGACAAGAUGAUUGUAGUUCCUGGCAGGUCCUGUAUAUCCAGCAAGGUAUAUUGUAGAUGAUAUAUAGUGCCAUUUUUAUGGUGGCUCAUUCCAAGAUGAGUUGCUAAUGAUGCAAAUCUGCCGAUUCUGAGCUGUUA